GCACUUUUGGUGGUUUGCAACUGGGAGCUAACAGAAGCUCGGAAAAAGGAUGCUUUGGAUCGAGCUAGGGUUCGUUGGGAGGAACCUCCUGCCAAGUUACUUGCUGAACAAAGAGGCUUGUAUUCUAGCAUUGAAGCAGACUUCAAGUAUCUCUUGGAAGAGAAGAAUUAUAGUCAGUUGGAGGCAUUACACGCUGAAAUUGAGUCACAGAUGCGUUCUAGUACAGCCAAGGUUUUUGGGUAUUGGGAGGCUGUUCUUAGACGCUUCCAUGUAUUCAAGGCCAAGGUACAUGUCACUAGAUUCUUGAAAAGCUUUUGAUGUUAUUUACGGCUACAUGGUUGAGUCUUACUAUUUAAGUGCUGCUAAUACGGGCCUGUUUGAAAGAAAUCCAUGCUAAAAUGUUGCACAAGCGUCUGCAACACCUUGAGGGGCGAGAGGAUGGUGAAGAGAAAUUGGAUAUGCCCGAUGAUUUACAACCUGAAGAGGAGAGUGAGCCUGAUGCUAAUGGUGCUGAAACAUAUACAUCAGAACCCGUAGCGGAGGAGAUCCACAUGGCUGAAGAGGCCGGUUCAUUUUCACAAGAACUAUUACAUGGAGAUGAAAAUGAGGACGUGAAUGACCCUGAAGAGAAUAGGGCUAUACUGGAACACAAGCGUACAGCUUUAUUAGAACAACAACAACCACGAAUUCAAGAAGCUAUAGCAUCAAAGCCAGCUCCACCACCAGAAGAUUAGUUUGAGAUGAAGGUUGCCAUGAGGGCUAUACUGGAACACAAGCGUAUGGCUGUAUCAGAAGAACAACAAACACGAAUUUAAGAAGCUAUGGCAUCAAAGCCAGCUCCACCACCAGAAGAUAAGUUCGAGAUGAAGGCUGCCAUGAAAGCCACGGGUGCCAUCCAAGGAGAAGAGCAAUAAGUAUUUACUGCAGCUUAUCAUGUAGAGAUUUUUUGCAUGAGAAACUCGGCAGAUGAGACAUUACUUCAAAAAUCCCUCUUCUUUUUGCAACAAUAGCCACCCAAUUUCAGCCAUCAAAGCCUAAUUCAUGGAGGCAGUCAUCUUGAACUCAAAUCCAAUAUUUCUAAUAGAUUUGUACUUUUGAACCACAUGUACUAACUAACCAAGUUACUGUAUGUCUAUAUUUACUAACCAAGUUAGUUCCCAGUCACU